GCUGCUGGGCGCUGAUUGGCGGCUGCGCUGACAGCAGGCGGGGCCUGGAAGUCGCGGCCAAGCCCGCCCUCGCGUAUAAGCCCCUCUCAGCGCUCUCUCUCCAUCUCUCCCCUCUCUUUCUCUCUCGCUGCUCCCUUCCUCCCUGUAACUGAACAGUGAAAAUUCACAUUGUGGAUCCGCUAACAGGCACAGAUGUCAUGUGAAAACGCACAUGCUCUGCCAUCCACACCGCCUUUCUUUCUUUUCUUUCUGUUUCCUUUUUUCCCCCUUGCUCCUUCUCCCUCUUCUUUGUAACUAACAAAACCACCACCAACUCCUCCUCCUGCUGCUGCCCUUCCUCCUCCUCCUCAGUCCAAGUGAUCACAAAAGAAAUCUUCUGAGCCGGAGGCGGUGGCAUUUUUUAAAAAGCAAGCACAUUGGAGAGAAAGAAAAAGAAAAACAAAACCAAAACAAAACCCAGGCACCAGACAGCCAGAACAUUUUUUUUUCACCCUUCCUGAAAACAAACAAACAAACAAACAAUCAUCAAAACAGUCACCACCAACAUCAAAACUGUUAACAUAGCGGCGGCGGCGGCAAACGUCACCCUGCAGCCACGGCGUCCGCCUAAAGGGAUGGUUUUCUCGGCAGAGCAGCUCUUCGCCGACCACCUUCUUCACUCGUGCUGAGCGGGAUUUUUGGGCUCUCCGGGGUUCGGGCUGGGAGCAGCUUCAUGACUACGCGGAGCGGGAGAGCGGCCACACCAUGCGAGCACAAAUUGAAGUGAUACCAUGCAAAAUUUGUGGCGAUAAGUCCUCUGGGAUCCACUACGGAGUCAUCACAUGUGAAGGCUGCAAGGGAUUCUUUAGGAGGAGCCAGCAGAACAAUGCUUCUUAUUCCUGCCCAAGGCAGAGAAACUGUUUAAUUGACAGAACGAACAGAAACCGUUGCCAACACUGCCGACUGCAGAAGUGUCUUGCCCUAGGAAUGUCAAGAGAUGCUGUGAAGUUUGGGAGGAUGUCCAAGAAGCAAAGGGACAGCCUGUAUGCUGAGGUGCAGAAGCACCAGCAGCGGCUGCAGGAACAGCGGCAGCAGCAGAGUGGGGAGGCAGAAGCCCUUGCCAGGGUGUACAGCAGCAGCAUUAGCAACGGCCUGAGCAACCUGAACAACGAGACCAGCGGCACUUAUGCCAACGGGCACGUCAUUGACCUGCCCAAGUCUGAGGGUUAUUACAACGUGGAUUCCGGUCAGCCGUCCCCUGAUCAGUCAGGACUUGACAUGACUGGAAUCAAACAGAUAAAGCAAGAACCUAUCUAUGACCUCACAUCCGUACCCAACUUGUUUACCUAUAGCUCUUUCAACAAUGGGCAGUUAGCACCAGGGAUAACCAUGACUGAAAUCGACCGAAUUGCACAGAACAUCAUUAAGUCCCAUUUGGAGACAUGUCAAUACACCAUGGAAGAGCUGCACCAGCUGGCGUGGCAGACCCACACCUACGAAGAAAUUAAAGCGUAUCAAAGCAAGUCCAGGGAAGCACUGUGGCAACAAUGUGCCAUCCAGAUCACUCACGCCAUCCAAUACGUGGUGGAGUUUGCAAAGCGGAUAACAGGCUUCAUGGAGCUCUGUCAAAAUGAUCAAAUUCUACUUCUGAAGUCAGGUUGCUUGGAAGUGGUUUUAGUGAGAAUGUGCCGUGCCUUCAACCCAUUAAACAACACUGUUCUGUUUGAAGGAAAAUAUGGAGGAAUGCAAAUGUUCAAAGCCUUAGGUUCUGAUGACCUAGUGAAUGAAGCAUUUGACUUUGCAAAGAAUUUGUGUUCCUUGCAGCUGACCGAGGAGGAGAUCGCUUUGUUCUCAUCUGCUGUUCUGAUAUCUCCAGACCGAGCCUGGCUUAUAGAACCAAGGAAAGUCCAGAAGCUUCAGGAAAAAAUUUAUUUUGCACUUCAACAUGUGAUUCAGAAGAAUCACCUGGAUGAUGAGACCUUGGCAAAGUUAAUAGCCAAGAUACCAACCAUCACAGCAGUUUGCAACUUGCACGGGGAGAAGCUGCAGGUAUUUAAGCAAUCUCAUCCAGAGAUAGUGAAUACACUGUUUCCUCCGUUAUACAAGGAGCUCUUUAAUCCUGACUGUGCCACCGGCUGCAAAUGAAGGGGACAAGAGAACUGUCUCAUAGUCAUGGAAUGCAUCACCAUUAAGACAAAAGCAAUGUGUUCAUGAAGACUUAAGAAAAAUGUCACUACUGCAACAUUAGGAAUGUCCUGCACUUAAUAGAAUUAUUUUUCACCGCUACAGUUUGAAGAAUGUAAAUAUGCACCUGAGUGGGGCUCUUUUAUUUGUUUGUUUGUUUUUGAAAUGACCAUAAAUAUACAAAUAUAGGA